UUAGUUCUCAACUGCUGCUUCUUCUCCUUCUCUUCUUUUUUUUCCCACGAGAUGUUGAUCGCUGCCGUGCGACCACAGCCGCCUCGCGGUCUCGCACGAGAUUGAACUAGGGGAACAUUUUUCCCACAACCCGCUCAGCGCGCCAGCUCCGGGGCCACUCGCAGCGCACAGCGCGCAGGUAGCUGAACACCAGGGACUGAUCCCGAGGCUGCGCCCGGAUUCUCUGCUCUUAUUAUUGGUCGUUUCUACUUGGAGGCGAAAGUGAGCGAUCUGUUGGAAUUGGUUUGUUCAAUGACUUCUAAGCCUGGAUCUGAAGUUCUAUUCGGGGAUCUGUAAUCUGCAAGAGAUUUAAAAAAGGAAUCGGUCUCUGCGUGCUCCUGGAGGUUGGUCCACCAUGCAGCUGGACGGACUGUGGACGGUCCACACCCUCCUGGCACUGUCCAGCCUCGUGCUCGGGAACCCAGUGGGCAACGACUCGAUGGCCGCACCUCGCGUCUUUAUCUCCUUCAAAGAGCUGAGAUCUACAGGCACCGCUCAUCACUUUGCCUACCUCCUCAACACCACUGACUACAGGAUCCUGCGUAUGGAUGAAGAUCACGACCGCAUGUACGUCGGCAGCAAGGACCACAUCCUGUCCUUGGAUCUCCACGACAUCAACAAGGAGCCACAUAUUAUCCACUGGCCAGUGUCUGAACGAAGGAGGAUGGAGUGCCUUGUGAGUGGGAGGGACGCCAAUGAGGAGUGUGCAAACUUCAUCCGUCUGAUCGAGCCAUGGAAUCGCACCCAGCUGUACAUCUGUGGGACCGGAGCUUACAAUCCAGUCUGUACCUUUGUCAACCGCGGGCGCAAACCUCAGGAAGAAAUCUUUCAGUUGGAGCCGGGAAGAGUGGAAUCCGGGAAGGGAAAGUGCUCCUACGACCCGAAGCUCAACAGCGCGUCAGCUUUGAUCAAUGGUGAACUCUAUGCUGGGGUCUAUGUUGACUUUAUGGGAACAGACUCUGCCAUUUUCCGCACUUUGGGGCCAAAGACUGCGAUGCGAACAGAUCAGUACAACUCCAGAUGGUUGAAUGACCCCACUUUCAUCCACGUACACCUCAUCCCUGACAGCGCGGAGAGAAAUGACGACAAGCUGUAUUUCUUCUUCCGGGAAAAGUCCUCCGAGAUGGGUCAGAGUCCUGUGACCCAGUCCCGUAUAGGACGCAUCUGCCUGAACGAUGACGGGGGCCACUGCUGCCUGGUCAACAAGUGGAGCACCUUCCUGAAGGCCAGGCUCAUCUGCUCCGUGCCCGGCGCCGACGGCAUGGAGACGCACUUCGACGAGCUGCGAGAUGUUUACAUACAGCCGACACAGGACACAAAGAAUCCUGUGAUAUAUGGAGUCUUCUCUGUCUCUGGUUCCGUCUUUAAAGGCUCAGCGGUUUGUGUCUACUCAAUGGCCGACAUUCGCAUGGUCUUCAACGGACCCUUCGCCCACAAGGAGGGUCCCAAUUACCAAUGGGUGGCCUACACUGGGAAGAUCCCCUACCCUCGCCCUGGCACGUGCCCUGGCGGUACCUUCACUCCCAACAUGAAGUCUACUAAGGACUAUCCAGAUGAAGUGAUUAACUUCAUGAGGAAUCACCCGGCCAUGUACAAUGCCGUGUACCCAAUACACAAGCGCCCCCUAGUGGUUCGGACCAAUGUGGAUUAUGAAUUCACCACCAUCACUGUGGACCAGGUGGCGGCUGCGGAUGGCAACUAUGAAGUGCUCUUCCUCGGAACUGACAAAGGGACAGUCCAGAAGGUCAUCGUGCUGCCCAGAGACGAUCUGCAGACCGAGGAGCUGGUCCUGGAGGAGGUGGAGGUUUUCAAGGCCCCUACUCCCAUUACAACAAUGAAGAUCUCAUCCAAAAGGCAACAGCUGUAUGUGUCCUCUGCGGUGGGCCUGACACAGCUGGCUCUCCACCGGUGCGACGUGUAUGGCGAGGCCUGCGCUGACUGCUGCCUAGCCCGAGAUCCGUACUGCGCCUGGGACGGCAAGUCCUGCUCCCGCUACUCGGCCUCGCAGAAGAGACGAAGCCGAAGGCAGGACGUCAAGUACGGGAACCCCAUCCGUCAAUGCCGAGGCUUCAACUCCAACACCAAUAAGAACACUCUGGAGAUGGUGCAGUACGGGGUGGAGGGAAGCAGCACCUUCCUGGAGUGUCAGGCCCGCUCCCCACAUGCUGUCAUCAAAUGGCAUCUGCAGAGAGACAACAGCGAGCGCAGGAAAGAGAUGCGUUCUGAUGGCCGGGUUUUGAAGACGGAACAAGGUCUCCUCAUGCGGUCCCUGCAGCCCUCUGACUCCGGCAUGUACCAGUGUACGGCCACGGAGAAGAACUUCAAAUACACAGUGGUGAAGAUGCAGCUGGUGGUGUUGUCGAGCAGGGCUGUCAACAGCGUCCUGGUGGAGGGUGGGGGAGGUCUGGUGCCGUCCACGCUCCACUCCAGCAGCACCCAGUGGACCCCCAGUGCAGGCCAGUACAAGGACCUGCUGACCAUCCUGAGCCAGCCAGAGAUGAGCCUGAUCAAUCAGUACUGCCAGGACUACUGGCAGUUCGGAGACCCGCUGCUGGGCACCCUCAAAGCCAAAGACCUGAAGGAGCUCAAGGAGCACAAGAAGCCCCGCAACCGCCGGCAUCACGGGGAGGGGGAGGAGAAUGAGGAGCAGGAGGAGGUAGAGACAUGAGGAGCCCAGCUUUGUGUCUGAAAUACCCUCGUCCACCCUUCCCCCUCCACACCCUGUGAAAACUGGGAGAGACUCAUUGAGAGUAGCUACAUGAAAAAAGUCCAAACACCCGGGAAAAAAAACAAACUGAGAAAAAAGAGGCUUGCAAAACAAAACCCCACAUACAUCCUCUCAAACAGUAAGAUAUAUGAUACACAGUAUUUAUUGUAGGUUGUAUAUAGUAUCAUUCUGUGGAUUUCUUUGUACUUAUAGAAAAAACAUGCUCUUUGUGUAUAGGUACCUUUGGGGCAAAUAUUAUUGUUAUUAUUGAUGUUGUUAAUUUUAUUGUUGCUGUUACUGUCAUUACAAAACUCAUCUGUCGGCAUCACAUGACCGUUGGCGACUGUUUGGAAUGUGUAAGCUGUCACGAGCAAACCACGAGACGCUCGCUCUGACGGGGAAAUGAAUUGUUGAUAAAGGGUUGAUGGGAUCUCCUUUGUUUCUUGCUUGCUUUGACUCAAGGCCAGGACUCUUUUUAUUACUGGACACAUCAGGAAUGCCGGUAAUGCAACCUCCUUGUGGCUGCUCGCAGACAGAGACUUGAUAUUGCAAGGGGACCAUCGUUACAUGGUCCCAGUUCUUGUGGGGAAACAGUUCUUUCUACAUGGGAACCUACAAUAUGUUGUAAUUAGGCCUUUUAAUAGCUGUACUUUAAACUGGUGCAUGCCCUUUGUUUGUUUCUCCUCUCCUCCCGUUUUGACUGGAGGAUUGAUUGUUAAAUGAUGCAGCAUCUUCGCUACUUUUCAGAUGAUACUAAUUCAGAUUAGUGAGAUUUACAUUUGCUAAAGAAUGACAAGGUUCUCACUGUGAUCUGUGACCUGAGUAACCUGUAGUUCCUUGGGGCCAUGAAUUAAAAAAUGAGACAAGCAUCAGCUUUUAAUUAGAUAUAUCAUUAUAAUGGUUGACAAAAUAAUGUCACUAUAAUGGUACGGUUCUUUUCAGCUGCAAACUUUGAACUCAGAGAGAGGUGCAAUAUAAGGUCAAGGUUUUGUACAAAGGGCAUUAUUGUUUUACUUUCAAGGGACAUUGGCUGGGGCCAAAUGCGACAAGCACACUCGGGCAAGGUGGAGUUUACUUUUGCGUCGAAACAAAACCAGUUAAAAGAGGAAAGAAGUGCCCACAUGAGGCAGCACUCCAGACAUCUCUCGUUCUUUCUUCCUUUGACAUUCAUGUGUGGAAAAAAAAGUAAUUGCCCGUAUACACAACAGAGCAUUGUAACAAUGUUGUGACACUAACCAAAAUUAUUGGGAAGCUGGCUUUCAUUGUGUGCAUGAACCUGUAUUUGUACUGUAAUUCUGAUAAGAUAAUGUGUGGUUGUUUUUUUCUGUUCUUUGUUUCUAGGGGUGUACAGUACAGUCUGAGGGAGGUUCUCAGUGCGGCUAAAUGGGAAAAAACGAAUGCUUUGCAAAAUGUCCUGGUUUUAAAUAUACUCCUGUAUAAAGCAUGAUGCAUUUUCUUAUUGGCAUGAAUUUAGUUCUGUCAAAGUACAAAGUGCAAUUAUCUUAUCCAUGUGUUUGGAUAACAGAUAAUAGCAUAAUUUCAAAAAGUGCAAAACGAGUUGCACAUCAAGUACAGAGUAAGGCAGAGUGAAAAUUAGUGUUAUUAUGAACUGAACAAAUAUUCUAUUGAUUAGAAUGCUUAUGCUCAUUCUAGCACUCUAUGAAAAAAUAUUACUACAGCAGUUCCCCCAGAAGUAGAUUCAUGGAAUUUUCAUGUAUAAGAAUUUACAACUUUGGAACAAAUAUUUGGAAAAAGGAGAAAUGCAGAAUUAUUAUUAUUAUGAUAUUAAGUGACUUUGAAUGCACAUUGUUUAGCUCCCGUUCUGGCCUUAUAAUAGUCUGCAUGAACGCCUAUUGGAAGAUGCAUUAAUAAUUCAUACAGGGUUUUUUGUAUCCGCUCCUCCAUUUGGAAUUUUUCUGCAUUCCCAGAAUAAAUCUCAGCCCCCGAACGUCUCUUUAAAAUGAGACCAGGGAUUCUACAGUAAAAAAAAAAGAGAAAAAAAGGUGACGAGGGGUUGUACAAUUUGUUGGUAUUUUUUUAAACUGUGUCUUUAGUUUUUGAGUGUUUUUGUUUGUUUUGUUUUCUUGCAUCAUCAGACUUUAUGAAAAAAGUAAAAAACACUAAAUGCACAGAGGUGAUGCUAUUGUAAUGACUUGUGUAAAUUACUUUAUCUUCCCUUUCCAUUGUUGUUGCUGACUAAUAAAUUAAAGCUCUAUAUUUUAUAAGAAUGGAAUGCUCCCCCCCUUCAUUGUGAUUGGCCUUAUACUGAAUGUUUUCCAUGUUCUGCCCAGAUCUCUCUGGAUCCUUGGAAUAAAGUUAUACCUGUUAAAGAGA